AAUUUAUGACAUGAAAACAGGAUGUACUGCUACAGCCUUGUGGUUUUCUCUCUGGGGAUCCGACGAUCGAUUCUCUGUCCCGCAUUUCCGGUACUUGAUUAGUGAACUACAAGAGACCAAAAUCGUGGAUAACCAUAAUUGGGAUUUGGUUGUAGAUAUAGUGCAGUCUAUUGUGGAGAUCGUCUCAUGUGGUGAUAGUCAAGAUCCACAGCUCUUUGAACGUUUUAUGGAAUAUCAAGUCUUGGCAGAGUUUGUCAGGGUGUUAAGGAUCUGUACAGAUACAGGAAUCCAAGCUCCAUUCCUACAAUAUCUUAGCAUAUUCAUACAGAACAUAGAAAACUACUGUUUCAGUAAUGACCACAUCAACAACAUUAUAGCACACCCGUUCAACUUUGGUUGCGGAGAUCUAGAUCCAUAUUAUAUUUCAUUUUUAAGAGCAGUAAGCAGCAAAGUAAACAUAGGCAUUAUUAGCAUUCUUGUGAAGGUUCAUGGGGUAAGAUACUGUAGUUUCCUUCCCGUUACGUUGUAUAGUGCCGCUCUUAAAUUUUCCCAGCGUAGUGAAAGGAUGAUUCAGGCAGCUGUACGCGCAAUAACGCUGAACCUGUACAAAGUUAGUGAUGACUUGGUUCUUCAGUUUUUGUCAACUCCUCCGGUCUCUGAUUACUUCUCAAACUUGGUCUGGAGAUUGAAAGAGCAAUGCAGCCAUCUUGAUGGCCAUGUUCAUGCAUUAAAAGAACGGUUUACUGAUCAUGGAUGGAAGGAGUUGCUUCUGGAAGCUGAUAAAAUUGUGGAUGAGAUUUACUACCUGAAGGAUAUUAUCUCAGUGGGUGAAUCUUGUCUAAGUGAAGCUGUUGCCUUGAGUCUUGUGAAUUUUCUUAUCUUUCCGAUACUUGGUCGACUUCUCAAGACACAACAGAGUGAUGUGAGCUGUCUUCUUCCCAAUUUCUUCUGUAGUUACAUUUACUCUUACUUUUCACAGGGCUAGACUAUAAGCAAGGUAAAGGGUCUUUAGAUAUGAAUAUUUGUCAGAUAACUCUGUGGUUCAGUAUACUAAAUUUAUCUUGUUUCCUAAUUUUCAUACUUUUCGCGCUUAUAUUUCUUCUAGGAUUCUUGUAGGAAUUUGUGAUACCUUGUGCGGAUCAUGUAGACAUUCUUCAAAGAAUAUCUAAAUGAGGAGGUCUGGAUAACAUAAGUGGGAACCUUUAUCAUCGUUACUUCUCAGGCACCAUUUCUCACUUUGAUCCUGUUAGAUGGCCAGUUGAGGAUACUUUGAUUCCGGAGAGGUUUGUUGAUCUUUAUGCAUUCACUGUAUCAUUAAUGUGAAACACUCUACUAGGACCUGAUAGGCUUAGACAACUUAUACAAAAAUUCAGGGGACUAGUAUUGUGUGGCUUUGAUUUCUGAAUUUUUCUCUUCAAGGCAGGGGAUGAUGUUCAAUGCAUUGUUGAAAAUUUUAACGAGUGAAUCAUCAAUGCCAGCAUUGGUGCAAGGUUAUACAGGAUGGUUCCUGCAUAAGCUACUGAUAUCUCAAGGCAAUGUACUCACAAUCUUCAGCUAUUCAAGACAUGAAUUCCUUCAAGAGAUGGCCUCUUCAUCAUGCAGGAGUUGUUCUUUAUUCUUAGUUGACUACCAGAGUGAUAAACUAAACUAGUACUUCCUUCGACGAGCUUAUGUUUAGUCCUGUACUGGAAGAUGCGUUUUAUAUAAAUAUGUUGAUUUAGUUUUAUAUUUUCUAGUCCCAAUUUCUUGAACUCAAGUGAGCGGAGUUGUGAUCUUCUUCAAAAGGAACUCGAUGGAUGCUGGUAUGACCAUGUUCUUACUCUCAGAGGGUCGUGGAACAGUUGCACAGCACGUAUGAGUUUAUGCUAUAUGACUUUCAGUUGGAUGCUUGAGCAAGAGUUGCCUUUUCUUUAAACAUCAUUGGCAGCCAUUUUGUAUGAAUACCCCAAUACAACGUUCGAUAUGAAAUUACAUUAAGGGAAUAAUGUAAUGUUUUCCCCCUCCUUUUGUGAUGAUUCUAUAGCCCUUGAGGAAUCAUCUAUAUCCAGAGACCCGCUUUUCCUACUGAAGCUUGCUGUCUGUCAGCAAACUAACGGUCGAUUGCAAGGUGAUUCCACCAGUUAUGCUGCUUCAGCUUGGCAAAGAAUGGUGGAUGUUGCCAAGUCUUUCAUUUUGCAUGUUCAGCUGAAGGCCUUUAUCAGCAACGGAAAGUUCAUUGAGAACCCCUUGCCAGAAGAGUCCACAGCCAGUCCUCCGGUUGAACCUGCAAUCUUUGGGUCAGAUAUUUCAUUAGGUUCAGGAAUUCCUUGCCGUAUCGCCUUUUCAGGGGACUUCUGGGAAAUUGCUUCUUGCAGAGAAACAUCCCUUUCGCAGUCAACGUGGGAAAGUGAUUGCCAUUGCUCCAUUGGCUGGAUUAAGUGUAAGUUGGCAGUAUCUUAACUCUGGCUUUCUACUGUAUAUGUAUAUAUGUAUAUGACGAGCUCCAAACCUUUUCCUUCAAAACUACAACUGACCCGAACCCGCCCGAAAAAUAGAGAAUGGGUUGAGGUUUUUUUAACCCGAAAUCGGAAUGACCCGAAACCGAUUAACCCAUAGUUUUUGGGUCGGGUUGGGUUGGUUUUUGGGUCGACCCGCUAGACCCGUUCCAUUGUAUACGUCACUCUCAAAAUGAUAAAAUCUCUCAUUCUUUGGUGAGAUGUUAAAAAAAAUUCAUAUGGAUUUGAAAGACAAGUUGGAAGUGU